AUGUGGAGCCAACCCCCGCAAUGGCUCCAAGCUUCCCAUUACGAGAAUGUCCCCCACAAUCAAGUGGAUUGGGCAUCUCUGGCGAAGCAAUGGAUCACCAUGCAGCAGCAGCCAACGCAUCCGAUGAUGCCUCCUAUACUUCCACCUGCACCGGCAUUCCCCCCGGAGCUUCGGUCACUUGAUCCUCCGAGAGACAAUGUGACGCUCCAUCAGGACACGUGGUCACAGAAUCCCCAAGGAAGCAAUUCAGACGCUUAUUUCAAGAGAAUUGGCCCGCCCCCUCCUCCGCCACCUCCCCCGACACCACCGUUACCGUCUGCGGAUCCGAGCAUAUGGAUUGCGCCACCCCCGGAAUUCCCGCCCACUACGCGGAAAGUUGUCGACUACAGCCACGGGAGCUCGACGGCCUCGAGCCGUUCGUCGAGCGUCGUUAUGGACUACGCUCAUGGGGACGGAGGUAAUGCCAAUGUUCCCGAGAGGCGGGUCGUGGACUACGGACAUGGGUUCAGUCAGUCCGGAGGAAGCAGCUCUCUACCCCCGGUAGUUCCACCGGUCACCCAAGCUGCGGCAGUUCCUGCCGUCGCACCGGUCAUCGCUGCUGAUUCUACGAUUGCUAUCGACGCGAUGAAACGGAAAAAUUUACCGGCAUGGAUUCGGGAUGGCUUGGAGAAGAUGGAGCGAGAAAAACAAAAGAGGAAAGAAGAAGAGGAUCGACGCAGGAAAUUAGAAGCGUCUAAAAGACCACUCUGGACCCGAGAAGAUGAAGAGGAGGCAGAGGAUGACUCUGAGGUACGGCCGUCGUCAGGAACAGGCAGACGACGCGAGGAAGAGUCCGACGAAGAGCUCCCGGACGUGGAAGCGAGCUCCCUCAAAGAAGUUUCAAAUCUAGAUGCUCCGCAUGCAGACGAGCGUAGUCGCCGGAAAGCCAGUCCCCCGCUGAUUCUCCUGAGUCCUGAGGAGAAAGAGCUCCAAUUUGCGCUUAACGUGAAGAGACUCAUAACCGAGAUUUUGAUGUCGGUGCUCCAGUCAGAGACAGCAGAAGUUGCUCAGGAAGAGAUCCGUCGUGCCAGGAAGCGCUUUGCUGCCAAGCCAAAGAAAGUCACCACUGCGCUAGCCAGCAUCGUUGGCCUAGGCGGUUACUCCGAUUCAGAAGGCUCUGAUAGUGAUGAUCAGGGCCGUCGCUCGAGAGGGCGUCGCGAGGACGACGAUGAAGAGUCGGAUCUUGAAGAACGCAUCAAAACGCGACGCAGGGAGUUCCGGAGAUGGGAGGAAUCGGCUCUGAGAGCCCUCGACGAGAAAGAGAAGGAACAAGAAAGGAGAAUGCACGGAGACAAUAGGGAGGAGUCUGCCAGUCCGCCGGGUCGCGGAGGCCGGGCAGCUUCGCGAACACCGUCUCCGAAAGUCUCCGCACAGAGGGCGAGAGCCGAUCGCUCAGCGUCGAGGUCGCCGAAGCAAAGUCGGACGGAAAUCCCAGAGAAGAACCAGGAAAGGAUCUCCAGCAAAGAUCAUGACGCGCAAAAGAGUCCGUCGCGAUCUCGCAGCAAUACCAAGGAAUACCAGAAGAAGGAAAAAAUAAGGAGAAGAAAUAGCUCCCGGAGCUCCAGUUCUGCGAGCAGUAGAUCUAGCGGAAAACGGAAGAGAAGUUCUAAGAAGGAUCGACGAAGAUCACGGAAUCGGGAUCAAACCCGAAGAAGGAAAGACUCAUCUUCGCGGAGUCGAAGUCGGAGUCGCAGCCGCGAUCACCGGAGAGGCAGGUCGGGUAGUAGAAAUCGACGUCAAAGGUCGAGAAGUCGCGACCGACGCCGAGACAGGUCAAGGUCUUACCAAAGGAAAAGCUCGAGGGAUAGGUCUCGAGACAGGAAAUCGACCCGGGACAGGUCCUGGGAGCGGAGGGGUUCGAGAGACGCCUCUCGUGACAGAAGACGCCGACGCGACUAUAGCAGAGAGCGGAAAAGACGUUGUAUAGAAAAAAGUUGAAUGGCCAAGGUAAAUCACAUGUCUUGCACACUGAGCUCCAAGAGCAGCUAGCACUCCCUCCAUCAGACAUCCACACAUCGAGAGAUAGUGAUUUCGCCCGACCUUAACCUGGCUUGCUAGGUCAUCGUGAUUGUGUAAUUUUCCAUACGAUACUAAUUCGUCAGCGGUUCGCGUCUGUGCCGCAGGCCGAAGUAAUUAUAGAGCAGUCACUCUAAGGGGUGAGCAAUUGGUUCUCAUCCAUCUAUCUAUACGAAUAAAGGCGUAAGCCCCGACAUCCUCGUGGUGGGACGUUGUCACU